CAUAGAGGCGUUCGAGCACUUCCGUGUUUAGCUCGGAGACAAAAGGGCAUUGAAGCCACUCUUGGCAGUUAGUUUGGUGUUUGGAAUCAUGGCGAGGUUGUUGAGGAGCAGUUUACGGAGUUACUUCACCACUCAGAUCCGCAUGGGCUCGGACCAGCUGGGUGAAUUGGGGAAAGGUGCAGGGAAAGGUGGAGGAGGUGGAGGCUCUAUCAGAGAAGCCGGUGGAGCCUUUGGGAAGAAAGAGGCAGCUGAAGAGGAGCGUUACUUCAGGCAGAAGGAGAAGGAGCAGUUGGCCGCUUUGAGACAGCACCACCAGGAUGAGAUCGAGCACCAUAAGAAAGAGAUUGAGCGCCUGCAGCGCGAGAUCGACCGUCACAAGGGCAAAAUCAGAAAACUCAAACAUGAUGACUGAGCUGGCCCCGGUGACAUGUUUGUGUGUGUUUCUACUCAAAGUGACGCCUGCUCCAAGAAGCAGCUCUUUACACUCUGUAAUCUCUUAGUGCAGUCACAAAUAAAGAUAAUAGGAUAUUUUCCAACUG